UCCCUCCAGGCAUUGGCGCGGCCGCCUGUCAAUCAGGCCGGCGCCCCGCCGCGCCGGGGCUCCGCCGUGCCACAGAGACGAGCCGCGGCGGCGGCAGACGCAGCCCCGGAGCGGGGCCGUGUCGCGCUGGGGUAGGGGAGACGCCUGAGGAUGGAGGAGGAGGAGAUGCAGCCAGCGGAGGAGGGACCCAGCACCCCCAAAAUCUACAAGCAGCGGGGCCCCUACAGCGUCCUGAAGACCUUCCCUGGGAAGCGGGCGGUGCUGGCCAAGCGCUAUGAGAGACCCACCAUGGUGGAGGUGCCCCGCGGGCGCGGAGCGGGGCAGCCCUUCCCGCACGCCGCCGAGUCGCUGCCUUACGCGCAGCACGGCCCCUUCCCUAACGGGCCCGCCCGCCCCGCUGCUGCCCUCGGCGCUGCCCAGGGACAUCCCCGCCCGCCGCCGGCCCCGAGCUCUUCGGGCCGCUACGGCCCCUGCCCGGCGGCGGCGGGGAGCGGCGGCGCGGAGCUGAGCGCAGAGAGUCGAAUGAUUCUGGAUGCCUUUGCCCAACAAUGCAGCCGGGUUUUAAGUCUCUUAAAUUGUGGUGGAAAACUACUGGACAACAAUCACUCUCAGUCCAUGAUUUCUUGUAUAAAGCAGGAAAACCCAAAUUAUAGUGACAGACAAGAGCAAUGUCAGCUUGGGAAAAUGGUCCAUAGUCAGACGUCAGACAUUUUAGACAUAGAGAUGCAGUAUAUGCAAAAGAAACAACAAACCUCAGCCUUUCUGAGAGUUUUUACUGAUUCCCUUCAGAACUACUUGCUUUCUGGGAGCUUCCCUUCUCAGAACACCUCAUCAGUAAAUGAUUUUAGCCAUUUGGCAGAUAUGGAUCCACUUUCAACCUCUCCAGUACACACUUUAGGUGGAUGGACAUCUCCAGCAACAUCUGAAUCUCAUGGUCACCCAUCAUCUUCUACGCUUCCAGAGGAGGAAGAGGAGGAAGAGGAAGAAGGGUACUGCCCUCGGUGUCAAGAGCUAGAGCAGGAGGUAAUUUCAUUGCAACAAGAAAAUGAGGAACUUCGUAGAAAAUUGGAGAGCAUUCCAGUGCCCUGCCAGACUGUUUUAGAUUAUUUGAAGACUGUACUUCAGCAUCACAACCAACUUAUGGUACCACAGCCAACAGACCAUCCAACUGAGGGGAGCAAGCAGUUGCUGAACAACUACCCUGUCUACAUCACUAGUAAACAGUGGGAUGAGGCUGUAAAUUCUUCCAAGAAAGAUGGACGACGGCUCCUUCGCUAUCUCAUCAGAUUUGUUUUCACAACCGAUGAGCUUAAGUACUCAUGCGGCCUUGGAAAAAGGAAAAGGUCAGUGCAGUCAGGAGAGACAGGUCCUGAAAGACGUCCUCUGGAUCCAGUAAAAGUAACAUGUCUCAGAGAGUUCAUUAGGAUGCACUGUACUUCCAACCCAGACUGGUGGAUGCCAUCCGAAGAGCAAAUAAACAAGGUAUUCAGUGACGCAGUGGGACAUGCUCGUCAAGGGCGUGCGGUGGGGACUUUCCUUCACAAUGGAAACUCAUAUUAUGAAGGGACUGACCAUCCAGGAUCACAGGACGAAGUCUUCAAUAGAGGUAUGCAAGAUGGAUCUGGUGAUUGAUGGCAGUGAGAAGAACCUCCUACAACAGCAGCAGCCACUUAAUUUAGGAGAGACUAUUUGUUAAACAUACUUACCCUGCUGUCAUUUAAGAGUCCAAAGCAUGUUUGAACACAUACCACAUACAUUUCAGCUUCUCCAUCCUAACGUGUCCCAGUUAACAGAAAGAAAUCAGUUUCAAGACCAGCUGUAUGGGACUUCUCAGUGCCUGUUAUUUCCAAAUCCUUUGUAGCACCCUCAAAAGGAAAUUGCAGUUCCUUUCAUCUAGUCCUAGGGGAAAGGUCAUUUAAAAACUAUAAAGAUGUCAAAAAGAAACAGCAUUACUGUCUCAUCUGCCUAUUGAUAACAAGCCCAGGUCUGAAGCCAGAACAGCUGGGUACAGGUUGCUUUCCCUGAGUAGGGGAUGUAAGAACAAGUCUGCACUCUUGUAAAAAAAAAAAAGAAACGGUCUCCCAUUUCCUAACAGAAAAUAACGUAAUUAUAAAUGCUACCUUAAAAUACUACACAAGAUGGAAAAUUCAGGGACUUCCUUUAGCCAACUCUGCCAGGAAAUUAAGCUUCCCAUGUAAAACAGCAGUGUUUGUCAACAGCAGAAUCCUUCAAAGACCCAGAACAAUAAUAGCAGGCACUUCUAAUAGAUAAAAAUUGCUUUGUAUAUCAGAUAGACACUAUGUAUAUCUAGAUUUCCAGGGGACUAGGGUUGAUCAUGACAGUUUUCAUUAAAAUAAGAUUGCUAAAACCAAAUUGCCAUUUCAGAAGACAGGUUUUGCUUUGUCUGUUCCUGUUCUGCAGACAUGUAGCUUCAGAGGCUUUAAAUUGCCUUUUCUUAGUUUUGCUUUCAUUUGUGUUUUAUACCCUUUCCUUGAAAUAGAUGAGGCAAUGUGCUGGUCUUAAGAGUCGGAUGCUCAACAGCGCAUUCAGGGAAGGGUUGGAUAAAAGCAGCCUAGCUUAAACUCCUGUUGUAAGUGAACACAGGGUCCAGAUUAAGCAAGCUGUUACAAAAAGAGCCAUGCUAAAGCAGAAUUCACAGUGGUGCACAAUGUUGGAAGCAGAUACUGACUUUAAAACAAAACAGAAAUCAGUCCAUUGAAAAACUUAAAUUUUAAAGGCUUAGGGGUCCUCUGUCCCUCUAAAUUGAUGCACUCCAGAAAUAUGUAAUGCCAAAGAAAUAAACCCCUUUCCUUUUCAUGUUUUCCAUCUCCUUACCCUUGUCCGGUGUCUCAGGCCAUCAGUGGCAUGCUUCCUGGCCUGAACCAGCCCUCCGUAAGGCAACAUUUCCCCAGUGGCAGGUACAGGGAACUUGUUUUUGGAAAGAAAGUUCACUUUGCUUUUGACUGUCCUUAGUGCUACCUCAUCAGCAGCGACUCUCCUGAACACAUAUCUCAUGCUCCCCAGCUUUCCUAACUGCCUUGUGCAAGCCACGAGAGAAGCUACUGAUUGCUCUUUUUACCCUUAUCCCCUCCCUCCUGCUUUUCUCCCCAUGUGCUGGGCAGCACAGGGGUGCCAGCCCCUUCUUCAAAUACCAGGAAGGGCCUUUUGGGGUGCAGCACUCCUCUAGUUCCAG